AUGGCCGCAGUGGCAGCAGCCUCGGCAGAACUGCUCAUCAUCGGCUGGUACAUCUUCCGCGUGCUGCUGCAGACCCUGUCCCCAAUGCGCCCGCGCCCAGCCGGGAACAAAGACUCAGGGGUGCGGCGGUCGCCCGCUGCGGACGAUCUUAACGCGACCAAUGCGUUAAGAAACACCCGCUGUGUUCAGGUACUCCCUGCAGAAGCUGGCGCACACGGUGUCCAGGACCGGGCGGCAGGUGCUGGGGGAGCGCAGGCAGCGAGCCCCCAACUGAGGCCCCAGAUCCCAGCCCUGGGCGGCCGUGUCAUCAGGUGCUCCUGUGCUUCUCGACCAGCAUGGGAGCCAGUGCCGCGCAGGAAUGAGGGGUCUCCUGUGCUCUCUCGUCAGAGGAGCACUUGCCAAGGUCAGUGAGGGGCCAGUAGGCCCCAGAGAAGCAGCACCGACAAACGAUGAAGAUAUGAGUUCCCUUCCAGCCCCUUUGCCCCCUUCCCACUACCGGCGGGUGGGAGAGGAGGGGGAAAAUGGAGCAAACCCUGGAGAUCUGGGUGUAGGCACCACAUUCUGAUCUGGACCAAGUUGGAACAGCACCAUUUCAGCCACACGAGAUCCUACCAGAGAUCCAACACCCCACCAACCAGCAGAAUGGACACUCUGACAUCACCAGCUGAAGCCCUGAAUCUUAGUGCAGAAGAGAAAACAUCAACUGUGUGCCACAUGGCGGGACUGGAGGGCGUGGUGAGGGAGGAAGAAAGUUAAGAAAUUCAGUGGAGCCUCUGGAUGUCCCUUGUCUGUGGCACACAC